CUAUUGACAGACUGCAUACAUAGCACGGGCAAGCACCGACAAGCUUUGUAGAGCCGCAACCACCACAAACCGAGCUUGCGCUCAGGCACCGGAAGCUUGUUUCGCGUACAUUCCCUGAACUUUUGUUGUGGUCAUUUUCUUUUACCUUCACCCAAAUUAUCUAGCGCUGCAAAUGCGCGCUCUGCAAAGUAAUCGCUCGGCUAUGCGCCCUUGCCGAGCGCCGCUGGCACCGUUUGUGCCUAUCCGCCCCGUUCCAACAGUGACUCAGGUUGCUCCUUUUACUCACAAUGCGCGGGGAGUUGUGGCUUGCCGCGCUCUGGAGGGCUACAUGGUGGACAAGCUCCGGGCUGCGGAGAUGACCUUUAAGGAGCUUCAGAUGAGGAUGGCAGACCCCGAGGUUGCUGCUAGUGCAACUGAGUUUCAAAAAGUCGCCAAGGCGGCUUCGGACCUGGAAACGACGGUCAACACCUACCGCGCCUACCAGGACACGGAGCAGCAGCUGGCCGAUGCUCAAAAGUACUUGAAGGAGGAGGCGUCCAGCGACCCGGAAAUGGCGGAGUUUGCACGCGAGGAGAUUGCAGAGCUUGAGGCAUCCCUCACCAAGCUGCAGGACGCUCUGCGCCUGCAGCUGGUCCCCAGGGACCCGCUCGACGACCGCAACAUCAUGCUGGAAAUUCGCGCUGGCGCGGGUGGCGAUGAGGCGUCGAUUUGGGCAGGGGACCUUAUGCGGAUGUAUCAGCGCUACGCCAACAAGCAGGGCUGGAAGGCUUCCCUGGUCAGCUGCACGCAGGCCGAGGCGGGCGGCUACAAGGAAAUCAUCCUGCAGAUCAAUGGUGACAGCGUGUACUCCAAGCUCAAGUGGGAGGCGGGUGUGCACCGCGUGCAGCGCGUGCCGGCGACGGAAGCGGCGGGGCGAGUGCACACGUCCACUGCCACGGUGGCGGUGAUGCCCGAGGUGGAGGAGGUGGAUGUGGCGCUCAACAUGAACGACAUCGACCUUAAGUUCGCACGUGCUAGCGGUGCCGGUGGCCAGAACGUGAACAAGGUGGAGACGGCGGUGGAUUUGAUGCACAAGCCGACCGGCAUCCGUGUCUUCUGCCAGGAGGAGCGCACGCAGGCGCAGAACAAGGAGCGCGCCUUCCAGAUCCUGCGCGCCAAGCUGUACGAGCUGGAGCUGCAGCGGCAGCAGGCGGAGAUCUAUGCGGCGCGCAAGAGCCAGGUGGGCACCGGCGACCGCUCCGAGAAGAUCAAGACCUACAACUACAAGGACAGCCGCGUGUCAGACCACCGCAUAAAGAUGAACUUUGACCUCAACUCCAUCAUCGAGGGCGACCUGGAGGACACGCUGCAGGCCAUGAUCAGCGCCGACCAGCAGGAGAAGCUCAAGGAGCUGGCCGAGAGCGUGGCGGCGUAAGCAACAUGUGGUUGAGAGCUACUUGAUGUUAUUUGUGUGUUAGGGAAGGUUAUUGGAGCGUGUGCUCUUGUUGCGUUGCUGAACAGAUGGAGCGCGGCGGGGGUAAGGGAGCUUGGGCGGAUGUGAGCUGGUAGGGAGUUGGGCAGGUGAGAGGUGGGAAGUGGCGGUCUGGAUUACCGGUAAUAGCGGCGGCAUAGAGGUGAACGUGGGCGGUGAAGAGCAGUGGUGAGGGAUCAUACGUACGCAGGAAGCAGGAGCGGCUUGCAAGCGAGCCUAUUGCGAAGCUGGUGCCUGGAUGCACUGGCGGGACCGGCAGGUUCGAGCUGCUAGCGUAGGUAGGAAUGCUUUAGCUGUGUAUCCGGCUGGUGUACCGGUGACAGUGAACAGGCUGCGCGUGAGAGCAUGUAUUGUGUGUUUAGGGUUGAGUCCUCGCAUGCGGUGUGGACUUGGUAUGGGUUCCCAAAGUCCCUGUGGUUUUUGACACAAUCCAACCACGUCCGGAUUUGCGGGGAUGCCAAAGGCCCCCAACAUAGAGGCGUGUGCUUAGUAGGCGCCCGCGUCAAGGUGGCUGGGUUGAUAACGACCCGGGAGGGGAGGGCUCAGCCCUUUUCCUGCCUCCCUAAGGCAGCCACCUCCUUGUUGACACAAUUACUGGGUACCUUUGAGCUGAUGCAGUUAUGGCGAAGCCAGUUGGCAGCCUCGCGGUAUUGCUGCGGCUCCAGUUUUGGUGUGAGUUGGUUCCCAAAGAGUGAUGAGAGGUCCUCGACGUGUUUUGGAUUACCCACCUAGACAGAAUACAAGAGUGCAGUGUGAGCACAGAGUAGGUGCGUCAGCAAGUGCGCAAGUGCGGCCCAAUUCGCCAGGGCUUGCACAUACCGGGAUAUGUGGGCCGAAUCGUGAAGGUUGCUGUGAGUCUUGAAUAUCGGUUGCUCCGCUGGACUUGAAGUGCAACGCUUGCGGCUCGCAGUGGUUGAUUCGUUGGCUUGGGCAGGCUAACGCAAUACUUUGAUGCGAUUGCGGAGAAUCACGGGGUAGGACGGGGUCCGGCGCGGGGUGAGGAGCGGGAGGAAGAGAUUGCGGAUUGCUGCUGGCGUGUGCACCGGAGGAGGUUCGAAGCUUCCAGCCUCAGCUACGCACUGCCGCUAUAUCACGCCUGAACAUGCGCCUGACUGUGAGUCCCCACAAAGGGCGAGCCGUCGCGCUGCGGAGCUGGGAGGUUUCCCACAGGGAGUUCGGCCGGUCUGGGCCGGUGGCCUACCCCAGUAGGUAACUCGGCCGGCGGCCUGCCCUACCAUGCUUAUGCAUGAACAUGUUCAGGGUUAUGGUCAGGGUUCAGGGCACGGGUUCAGGGUUGGGCCCAGGGGUGCCCCCAGUGGGGUGCCCCUGGUUCAGCCGUGUGAACCGUUCAGGGUCUGUAUGUGGCGAUUGCACCAGGAUUCGCGA